AUGUUCCAGCUCAAGAGUGCCUAUGUGUACGGGUCCCUGUCCAACUGGGAGGGAAUUGUGGAGGGCAGUAUGGAGAGGUUAGUGGAGGCGCUGCGACCCGGCGGGAUGCAGAGCAAGGAGACCAAGAUUCCCAUGCAGCUGUUGGACAAGUGGGAUCUUCAGCACCCCUUCAAUGCAAGCGAUGAAGAAGUUGUCAAGGACGUGGUCGGCUACUGGGGUCUUGGAUCCAAUGGCGUGUUCUGUUUGAUGCGCAUCUGCCUGAAUCAGGAUGUCUUUGCUGUGGACACCCACACUUACCACAUCACAGGUCUCUGGGGUUGA